UUAUACAUUUAUUUUUACUUUGCUUUAACGUUAACAUUACUUGAGUUUCGUGUGUGUGUUUUUCCCAAAAUACAGGAAGCCAUAAACAGUUUCACACACCGGCAUGUUUAAGGACACCACAAUUAGUUAACGUUUCCAUAGAUUUUCGCCUGAUUUCUCCAAGUCAUUCGUUUUAAAAAAAUAAAUUCCGAGCAGUUGUGAAAGUGGUCUGAGCGACAGGCAAAUAAAAUUCAAAUAUUCUAUCCAAUUUGGUGAACUUUCAAAGCAAAAUUAUUCGAGUCCAAGCAAAGCGGACAGCAGUUAAUCCACAAAAUUUGACCAUUGCGUCUUUUGGGCAUACAAAUCUUGGAAGACUGAGAAGGCAUCAAUAACCGAAACAUUAGGAAUCAGCGUUUUUGAUCAAAACUUGCUGCUGGAUAGCCCUUAAGCCGUCAAUCAAGGAUUCGAGCAAGAUGAAGCCCGACCAGCUGAACCGUCUAAUCAAAGUCAACACGCGAAUGCAACCCUGGUUUUUGCGCAACACCAGCGAGUUAUACGAAAGUGCCGUUAGGACCUAUUACGAACGCGGUUUCAGUUCACACAAUCGCCACCCACGUAUCCGUACCGAAAAUGUGGGUCCUUUGCGCAGGAUUAAGAGAUCGGAGCCGGUGCCCAGUCCCGCCGACAUCUAUCCGCGCAGCCAUGUCCGGCAGGCCGACCAAGUGGCCAACAACAACUCCGGCCAACUUCUGUACACGAUGAUGCAGGCGAGUCGUCCUCGUUCCAUAUCCUUCUCGGCGGCUCGUCCCUAUGCCCCGGCUUAUGGCCAGGGUUCCGUGCGAAGGACCGGUAGCUCGAGCUGCUCCAGCGGAAGUAGCAGUGGAUCGUCCCGCACUGAGCUAAUGGUUGGAUCACUGCGGAAAAGCAAGGCACGGAGGGAACGGAAAAAGUCCAUGUACAAAAGCAGGGAGUCCAGGGAGGAACCGCAACUGGGGGACAUGGGGGGCAUGUUCAGUGCCCGAUCCAUGAGCCUGCCUCCCCUGCCCACUGCACCUGGUUCGCGAUCCGGAGCGAUGAUGCCGCCGAGCAGGCAACACCACAUGGCGGCCAUGGCCAAGUCGGCGCUGGCCCAGCCCAUGAGGAUUCCGCGUGGCGAGGGGGACUCCCUGAUGCCGAUAGAUGCAGCCCUAAAGCGGCGGAUUUCGGUGCUGAGUCAGUUGGAGGAGGGCCGAGACAGGGCAGAAGUGGGUCACCAACUGAGAACUGGAACCCACGGCACCAGCACCGGCACCGGAAACGGCAGCCACAUCACCGGAACUGGCCGCCAACCGUCGGAGACGCGCCUCCGCUUUCAGACUUUGGGCGAUCGCAUCAAGCAGUUCGAGUACAUCCAGUUCGCCGAUGGACCCGUGGCCACUUAUGCCUUCAAUCGGAGUCAGAGGAGACCCGUUGAAAGGAGCUCGCCAAGGAGUCGCAUCGAGGACAGCAUGGACACCACCACGCGCCGCCUGGAGGUGAGGCAACAGCCGCGCCAGCUCGGCUUCCACAAUGUCCUGCACGCCAACUAUCGCCAGAGGAGCCAGAGUCUGGAGUCCGGAGCAGUCCAGCUGAUGGAAUCCCUGGCACCCGUAUCCCGGCCAGAAACGCCACUCGGUCCCCGGGAAAUUGGUGGCAACACCCGGGGAUCCAGCCUGGACAGUAGCUCGCGAACUAGUCUCAAGGCCAGCGCUUCGAAUGCAACUUGGGCAAAUAUUUUGGACAGGAAUACAGAAACGUUCGCAGACGAUUUGGCCAAAAGGUCGGAAGCUAACUUUGGUUAUUCAAGAAGCUCAGAAGAAACCUUGGGCGAUUGGGAUGGAACUCCAGGAGAAGAUCGGUGCAAAUACCCCAGAUCAAGUAGAUCAAAUUUAACAAUAGCUGAAACAAAUUUGGUGGGAAAUGCAAAUACAAGUAAGGCAAAAGGACCGAGGACAAAAUUACGCUCGAUUGAGAAAGCAAAAAUAGAAAAAACUUCGGGACUUACAUCAUUUAUUUCGGAGCACUGUAAAGCCACCUCGGGAUCGUUUUCUCAAACACUUUCUGGCCAAGAUGAGACCAGUCGAGCCACCGAGGCACCAGUGCGUCGUCUGCAAUUGCAACAGCAAGGUUCUCAGACUUCGUCCAAAGUGGAUGAUGCGACGGCCGAUGACCUGCCACAAGUCAGGGUCAAGGAACAGGUAAAGGAUAAGCCCAAGAUGAAGAAGUCGCUGGUGAGCCUCCAGAGAACCCUGCAGGACCAGCCGCGGGUGACCAAGGUGAUCAGCAAUCAGGUGAGCCGCUCCAGCCAUCGUACCUUCUUCCAGCCCCCCGAAGAGACCGACCUUCCUGCGGGUCAUCCCCCCAAAAAGUCGCAACACGACCAACAGCCGGAGAAAAAGCAGAAGAAAAAUCAAGACCAGGACAGGACCUCAGUCCCCCAUAACAAAGGAGCCAAUCAGCUGCUGGUAGCGAGUGCCUCGCAGGUUUCGGCCUACAAGCGUGCCUUCCGCACCCAGCAGCAGAUGCUCAAGGCGGAGAUUCUGCACCAGCAGGCACAGCAUCUACAGCCAGCCCAAAAAAAUAUGGCUUCGGAGGUGCCAAAACAAGCGCCCAAACUGCAGAGUCACAGAGGUGCGAUCCCAAACACCAAUCGAUCGACAAACCGACCAAUAGUCAGACGCAGUACAGCCACAUCGGGAGGAAAAGCUCCCACGUUGGAUGAAGGAGUGUCCAAAGCGGGGGCUGGAACUCGGGCCCCACCAACAGCCAGGACAGAAACGAAAGGAUCGGUACUCAAAACUAGAGGUUUUAAGGGACUGCCAACGAAGGCAGCAGCGACUCCCGCAACAGAGCACUUAACAGCGAAGCGGACUGCGCAAAUGACUGCUGCCAAAAAAGGAACGGCAACAAAAACAAUGAAGAAGGGAGCCCUGGCUGGAACGGUGACUGCGGGAGGAGAAGGACGAGGAGCGGUAGCGGGACGGCGGGCGGGAACGGAAGGGACAGGAACAACAAAAACACGCCGAUCGGCGCUGACGCUGGCAGCGCAGCAGCAGCACUCGCGUAGCGGUAACUCGCUGCUCGGCUUUCGUCGCGAAACGGUAAACCGCGCAGCUGCAGCUCUGCUACCGCGACGCGACGCAGACGAGCCGCUGUCGCAGUUGCAGUUGCAGUCGCAGUCGACGUCGGCACAGCAGCGUCGGCAAUUUCAUUUCCCCUAUCCCCCGUGGCGUCCCAGCUACUGAGUGUUCACUGUGUAGCUAACCAGGCCCCGCAUUUCCCUACUACCGAAGUAAUUGUCCUGAAAUAGAGCGUGAAAUAGGGAGAGAGAUAAAUCCAAUGUAAUGGUCAACUUAA